AUGUCGUUCAUCUCUCUCCAGACCAAGCCCUCUGCACAGCUGUGCUACACCUUCACCCCCCCCUCGCAGUCCUCCGUGCUGCUCGUCUUCCUGAACGGCCUCGGACUGCCCCAAGCCGCCUGGCAACCGGUGAUCUCUCAACUGCGCACGCUCCGUAACGAGAAACGGGCUUCUCUCCCUGCCAUCCUCACCUACGAUCGGUUCGGCCAGGGCCAGACCACCGACCGGGACCCGCGCGAUGCCUCCGUCCUGGAUCCCUCGCACGGCCACGACUGUGCGGACGUGGUCGCCGAUCUGCACCAGCUCAUCCUGCAGAUAAAAGAACUCCAUCUGAAAGAUGAUAAGAACACUAUAUCUACGGUUUUCGUGGCGAAUUCCAUCGGGUGCGCCCUCGCCCGCCUCUACGCAGAAACAUACCCCGGUUCAGUCGCCGGGGUACUCCUUCUCGACAGCGUCCUGGCCAACUCGGACUUUGUCUCUGUGUUUCCCGACCCAGACAAAAAGGACGACACAAUCGAGCUGCCUUCCGACGUGACGCCAGACAUGCUCCGUACGGCGAGAGACCGGGUGGCGCGCAUCUUCCACCCCUCCGUCGGCAGUCGUGAGGGCCUCAGUCGGAAAACCCUCGCCGGGCUCUUGCCGACGAGCGAUGGGCCGGUCCUGCUCGGGCCAGACGGCAAAGGACCGUACGUGACGGUGAUCGGACACGAUCCUGAGGCCUUUGCUGCCGAGAGCGAGAAGAUGGGCAUGCCCCGUGUCUUGUCGAGGGCCUAUACCAAUCCCUACUGGGAGAAGUAUAACGCGGGCUUGGUCCAGAUCACGGAGCCAGACAGGGCGAGAGGGCCAUUUCAGGCGCCGGGGGCAGGCCAUUUCGUUCAGAAGGAUAACCCGGGGUUUGUCGUUGAGGAGCUUGAUAUCCUUCUUGACCAGUUGGAUUAG